CCGCCCGCGAGUAGACUCUCCAGUCGCUAGCCUCAAACCAACUCUCUCUCUACUGUAUCGAUGAAGUUGUUUCAAAGAUGGCGGAUUUCCUGCCGUCCCGGUCCGUUUUAUCUGUAUGUUUUCCAAACUGUAUCCUCACGAGUAACGAGGCAGAACAAUUAAGGAAAUCUAAAGAAAUAGACAAACGUAUUUCGCGGGAUAAGCCGUACGUGAAACGGCUGGUGAAGAUUCUCCUACUCGGAGCGGGUGAAAGCGGCAAGUCCACUUUCCUGAAGCAGAUGCGCAUCAUCCAUGGUCAGGACUUCGAUCAAAAGGCCAAAGAAGAGUUCAAGGCCACGAUUUUUAGUAAUGUAAUUAAAGGGGUGCGUGUGUUGGUGGAUGCCAGAGGAAAGCUCCACAUACCGUGGGGAGAGGCGUCCAACCAGAGGCACGGAGAGACCAUGAUGGCGUUUGACACGAGGUCGGCCAGGAUGGCCCACGGCAUGGUGGAGACCAAGGUCUUCCUGCAGUACCUGCCCUCCAUCCGGGCCCUGUGGGCCGACGCGGGCAUCCAGGACGCCUACGACAGACGCAGGGAGUUCCAACUGGGGGAGUCUGUGAAGUAUUUCCUGGAUCAUUUGGAAAAGCUGGGACAGCCGGACUACCUACCGACUCAGCAGGAUAUUCUCCUGGCCCGUAAGCCCACUAAAGGUAUCCACGAGUACGACUUUGAGAUCAAGAACGUUCCAUUUAAGAUGGUGGACGUUGGGGGUCAAAGGUCAGAGAGAAAGAGAUGGUUUGAGUGUUUUGACUCUGUCACCUCCAUCCUCUUCCUCGUCUCCUCUUCAGAGUAUGACCAGGUCUUGAUGGAGGACCGUCAAACCAACCGUCUCAGCGAAUCCCUCAACAUCUUCGAGACGAUCGUCAACAAUCGUGUUUUCUCCAACGUCUCCAUCAUCCUGUUCCUCAACAAGACAGACCUUCUGGAGGACAAGGUGCGCUCCGUCCCCAUCAAGGACUAUUUCCCAGAGUACCCCGGGGAGCCACACAGCCUGGUGGACGUACAGAGGUUCCUAGUGGACUGUUUCCGGGGGAAGAGGAGGGACGUGACGCAGAAGCCCCUGUACCACCACUUCACCACAGCCAUCAACACGGAGAACAUUCGCCUGGUGUUCCGAGACGUCAAGGACACCAUCCUCCACGACAACCUAAAGCAGCUGAUGCUGCAGUGAUCGCAGGGGGGUUAUGACCUUUUUCAAGUCACCUUUUGGCCUUUAACCCCCCCCCCCUGUGACUCCUCACCGUGACCCACUGACUUGCCGUGAUUGCAGGGUGAUGAACAGAGAGCAGAAGAGUUGUUGUGUUACACUGUGUCACUGCCUUUUAAGUCACCUUUUGGCCCCUUGACCUUUAACCCCUGCGAGCCCUCACCUUGACCCCUGAUCUCCAGUCACCUCUGGUGCAGGCUGUCACCUAUGACCCUUGACCACUGAACCCUGUUACCACUUCUAAUGGCCUUGUACCUGGCAUUUCUAUCCCUCCCCCUUUCUAAACCACUGUAAAUGAGCUCUCCCAAUCCCUCCCCUCACACACCCCUCUCCUAUCUGUAAUGGACUAUUCCAGAGUCUGUAGAUAUGUUGAUGUGUUCUGUAGGAUGAAGUUGCCCUCAGACUCUGAUCCUGGGUCAGUUUUUAAUUUCCCCCACUAAUGGUUAAUGACAGGAUAUGGGGAGGGGAAGCUGGUCCUAAAUCUGUUGUUCUAUAUUACUAUAUUCACUCUGUUGGUUCACUCUUAACUCUCCUGUCUCACUCUGUCACAUUGUAACCUGUCUGAGAAGUCCAGACCACUGCUGGAGGUUAGCGGUCAAUGGUGAGGGGGUCAACUGGCCUUUCUGUGUUGGAGGGAGGAGUCAAAGGUCGUCACCCACGGCAACCAGGGAAGAGGGGGUGGUAAACGCUGUAGAACUAAAUGAUGAUGAUGAUGACUGUGUUUUACUGGCGUCAGCCUGUCGCUAUGCACCUCCACUCACACCUGCCCUGAACUGGCUUGAUUCUACACUUCCUUUUCCCUCAGAGCCUGAUUAUGACAUCACUGUGCCCCCCCACACCAUUCUGACAGCCAAUCAGUGUCACUAUCUGGAUGUGGAACCAACUGCAGCGGAGAGCUUGUUACUUGUUGUUGUUGCUGAGGGGGAAGUUAAAGAGUGGAGGGACUUUACAACACUGUACUAAAACUAAUCCUUAAUGAUUCCACAAAUAAGCCUUUUAUCACUGUCUGAUGAUUACCUUUCAAACAGAGCUAUACACACACACACACAGCCUGCCCAUAGAGACUCUUCUGACCUGAUCCUGGUCUUACUGUUUGGACCUUUUUACUUCUUUUUCUCACAUAGAUUUAUUAUGAAUAUAUGUACCUAAACAUUGUCUUAAGUUAUAUUUGAAAGGUUUUACACAAGUUUGAUUUACACCUGCUGAUGGACAGUGUUAAAGGCUAUGGAAGAGGGUGUGUGAACCCCAGCUCAGACAGACUGGCACGGACAGACCAGUUGAUAAACUACUGAGCUAAUUCUCAGGAUACAUUGUGGACCACUUAUUUGUGUAUUUAGAGCAAUGAUGUUCAUUUGCCUAAGUCCUAAAACACACACACAGACAGACGGUGGUAGUCUAAACAACUUGUCGGCCAGCUACAUCCCCUCUUCCAGUCCUUUUUUUCUCCCCUCUCUUUCUGUCCCUCUCUCUGUGUUAGUGUAAGCACGUGAUCAGCCUUAUAAACCCUGUGGAGGCUCAUCCUAGAGGGAAGAGACUGUGAUCAGCCUUAUAAACCCCGUGGAGGCUCAUCCUAGAGGGAAGAGACAGUGAUCAGCCUUAUAAACCCUGUAGAGGCUCAUCCUAGAGGGAAGAGACAGUGAUCAGCCUUAUAAACCCUGUGGAGGCUCAUCCUAGAGGGAAGAGACUGUGAUCAGCCUUAUAAACUGUGGAGGCUCAUCCUAGAGGGAAGAGAGAGUGAUCAGCCUUAUAAACCCUGUGGAGGCUCAUCCUAGAGGGAAGAGACAGUGAUCAGCCUUAUAAACCCUGUGGAGGCUCAUCCUAGAGGGAAGAGA